AUGGGAAGGAGGCGAGUCUUAAAUACGUACACAAACCUCCAUCCACGAGCUUCACGAUACAUACCUUCGAGACAGGGUUGGAGUCUUACGGAGGAGCGUAGAUAUCUGGAUGGGCUCACGUAUGAUGCAAUCAUCUGGCAUCCAUACAGGUCGCACAGACGUAGUUCUCCAUUCUUGGCCAUAUGUAUGUAUUCAGGAUGGAUCCGACUAGGCAACAUGAUUCAUCGACAUCUGCCUGAACGCGUGUUGCGUCAGUUUGGUUUUGUGCAGACCAUACCACGUUCGCCUGAGAGCCUUCCGAUGCCAGAUAUUCAUAUGAUUGAUCUACAUUGGUUGAGGUAUGUAGACCAUGCCUUUACUGGUGUCGUUGAAGCUGAGGACCCCUCUGCGUGUGUUGACGAAUACAUGGUGUGGUUUAGACGGGUGUCCCACCCGUACAUCACUCCAGGUGACGACGAUGAUUGA